AUCAAAUUUUGCUUCAACAGUUUUUAGAAAAGAACAAAAAAACAUUUAGUUUUCCUUAUCUUUAUGAAAAUGAAGUAGGUCAAAAGGUUUGGAAUGUUUUAUUUACAAACAUAAAUAACCUGUCAUGUAUUUCCAUGCAACAAGUAUGUCUAGCAGUUGUAAGGACAUUAAGCCGAGAUAAACAAUUGUUAAAUUUUGUGGUUUCUUCUGAAGAUAUUGAAUCUUUGCUAAAAUUAUCUGGUUUACAUAAUGGAGAGUUUUGUUGUAAUUUAAGUGAUGAUUGCUUGCUGGAAGUUUUGAAAUGCCUUUGUAAUUUAAUUUUUAAUAAUGCGUUUGCACAGGCGUAUUGUGCAAAAAAUGCCGCAGUUUGCAACUUAUUUGUGAGAUUGAGAACAUACAGUGAUCCUUCCAAAUCAUAUGAAAUUAAAUAUUUCUGCAUGAAAUUACUUUUUGUAAUGACUGCAUUAUGUGGUGAAAUUUGUCCCAAAAUUUUAAUGGAGUGCCAAGGCUUACUGCACUUAACUGAAGAGUUAGAAUUAAUUGUGAAAGAAGCCACUAAAUUAGAUGAAGCAUCUGUUGUUUUAAGCGAUGACCAAAUAUCUUUAGCAUGUGAAAUUCUAAAAGUAUUAUUCAAUAUAUUCAUACAUCAUCAUUCUCAACACAUACUGAUUAUAAUAAAGAAUCUCAUUAUCAACAAUUAUUGGCCAUUCUUCACGUCUUUUUGUUAUGUGAAGCAAGAUCCAGAGAUAAGUUCCAGGAUUUGCAAAAACAACUUCAUUCCAAAUAAUUUGUAUAGUGAAUUAUUAACACCUAAGAAAAAUAAUUUUUACAUGUCUAAAAGUAUUGAGUACAUGGGCAUAAAUGUCUCUACAAUAUAUAUACUUAUAAACUUUUUAUCUACUCAAUUGGAAUUUGCACAGAAUAUUCAAAUGCUGCAUGAAGAACUUUCCCCAAUAUUAACUGUACUUCUUAAAUCAGCACAUGCAAAUUCCCUUAUGAGAAAAUAUAUUAAAAGGAUUAUUUUGCCCCCGUUAAAGGAUGUUACAAAUAGGCCGGAAGUGGGAAGUUCUUUAAGAAAUCAACUUUGUCGUUUGCUUACGACACCAGUUACCACUGUUCGUGACUUAGUAGCUGAGCUUCUUUUUGUUUUAUGCAAAGAAAAUGUGGGCCGUAUGAUCAAGUACACGGGUUAUGGUAACGCCGCUGGCAUGUUUGCUAAUCGUGGACUACUGGCCGGGAAACAAGCAACAGGUGAUAACGAAUACAGUUCUGAUAGUGACAGUGAUACGGAAGAAUAUCUAGCAGCUGUACCAAAUAUUAAUCCUGUUACUGGGCGAUUUGAGGCAAAUUUACCAAAUUCUACAGCUUAUGUAUCUGAAGAACAGAAAGAGUAUGAGGCAAUGGAGUUAGUCAAAUUAAUAGACCAAUUAUCUAAGGGUGGUCUAAUCCGCCCUUGUAGGAUUGGAGCUGAUGGAAAACCAGAACCAGUUGACCAUGUUCUUCAGCUGCAAGAUGAAUUAUCAAAAGAUUCAAGCAACCUCUGUAGAAAGUAAACAUAUAGCAAUCAUGUAAUUUAUUCGUAAUAAAUCA